ACUGUUGUACGUGCCUACCUGGCCGUGGAAGUACUACAGCCAAGACCCACAGCACUAGGGCGUUUCCUAAUAGGUAAACCACUUAACACGAAUGAACCUUAAGACGCGCCCUAAAGUGGGAAAAGCGCGUCUUAGGUUCUUCGUCUCAUACCUAACUUAAAGAAAAUAGUAACAAGGCCCUUAACUUUUUUCUUCUCGUUAGAGCUAAAAAUAUGGUACAAUAGUCAUAUAUUCGACAUUGCCAGUCAUAUACAAAUCGACCAUAUCCAUUAUUAGGUCGCCACUUCAGUUUCUGGAUCUUGUGCCAUGGCGGAAGCAGAUUUGCAAGAGUUGAACGAGCAGUUCGGCGUUCCGAACAGGGAACUCGAGCCCGAUGUCGUCUCCGAACUGCGGUCUAUAAUGCGAAUGCAUUCACUAUCUGCCCAGGAUCUCUUCUUCAAGUGGGAGUCAUAUUGCAUAAAAAUGGACAUGGAUGGAAACAACCUAUCCGUGGAAACUUUGCGAGCCCUAAAACAAGAUAUUUUAGAUGCUUUAGAGCGGAGCAAUCGAACCCACCACGCUCACAUCAAGACAGAGAAACGUGCGGCCGGAACCCCACGCAGCGCUGUAAAGAAUAGCGGGGAUGUCUACGGCAUGUUAGAAGGAAUGGUCCCCAAUACUCCAGCUACGGGGAAGUUAAGUAAAAGUGCCCCAAAGCGACGACAGCAGCUCGAGACCCCUUCCAUGGCACGAGUGAAGGGCGGCAUUCUCGGUAGCUCGCCUGAUUCUAAGAGCCCCAUGCGAUUGGAGAGUCAAUUAGAUUCUAUGAACGCUGUACCAGCCACUUCAUUCAACGACCGCCUCAACCCAGGAGAGGUAGUGGAAGUCUUAAAUGAACACCUAAAGCCCCCCGAGCCGUUAAUUGUACCGUUUGCAGAGUCUCGCAUCAAAUUAACUGCGGCUUCAGACCAGAAGAAACUUGGCUAUAAAACGUUGGCCAUGAAAUCCUCAGAAGCGUCCGAGAUUCUAGAUGAUCGGAUAGACGAGUUUCUUGGCCUUGUGAGAGACCAUCAUAAUAUAGACGAAGACGAAUUCGGCAGUGCGGCUAGUCAAAGUACCACGGAAAUCGUUGCUGUGGGCCGAAUCGCAUCGGAUUCUUUAGAGGGCAAAUUGAAUGCAGCCUCUCUUGUUCUAGAGACAUCAAGGCGGACUGGUGGAGGCCGAAGAAUUCCUCUGAAUUUGCAAGGCCUCAAUGGCCGGUACCAAUUUUUCCCAGGACAAAUCGUUGCAUUUAGGGGGAUCAACUCGUCCGGUAAUGAGUUUGUUGUUCGGGAAGUAUUAUCAAUACCAUUGCUACUUAGUGCUGCAUCCACGCCAGCAGCUAUCGAAGCUCACCGAGAGCGACUACGAGGAGGACCUGAUGCAAUGGAAUCAGAUGAUGAUCCGGCACCGUUAAAUAUCAUUAUCGGCUCGGGGCCUUAUUCUGCUGAUGACAACCUUGACUUCGAGCCUCUUCACGCCAUUUGCAGCCAAGCAGCGGAUACAUGCGCUGAUGCCCUAAUUUUGAUGGGCCCAUUCAUUGACGUCGAUCACCCUUUGAUUGCUACAGGCGAUUUCGACCUUCCGGAAGACGCCACGGUAGACCCUGACGUCGCAACGAUGUCCACCGUUUUCAAGUAUAUGAUCGCUCCUGCUUUCAAUCGCUUAGUUGCGUCAAAUCCUACCAUCACUAUUCUCUUGAUGCCGUCCGCUCGGGAUGUUGUUGACAAACAUGUGUCCUGGCCGCAAGAAGCCUUCCCCAAAAAGGAGCUCGGACUACCCAAAGCCGUUCGGAUAAUAGGCAACCCAAUGACGGUAUCCAUAAACGAGGCAAUAUUCGGAAUCUCGUCUCAGGAUAUUUUGUGGGAUUUGCGAAACGAGGAAUUGGUUGGUGGCCGGACCGCCGACCUUAAUUUACUGUCAAGAACUUCGCGAUACUUAAUCGAGCAACGACAUUACUUCCCUAUAUUCCCCCCUAUAGACCGGCAGAAGUUACCGAAGGCGGGUACGGCGGAUGGACUUCCAACUGGUACUGCACUUGACAUAAGCUAUUUGAAGCUUGGCGAGAUGGUGACUGUGAAGCCCGAUGUGAUGAUUAUACCGAGUGCUUUACCCCCCUUUGCGAAGGUUGUGGAAAGUGUCUUGGUCAUCAAUCCAGGAUACCUCUCCAAAAGGAGAGGUGCGGGUACAUACGCUCGAAUGGUACUUUUCCCACCGAAAGUGGCGGAUCAAGACGUGGGUAGUACAGGUUUGCUUGGUCAUAAAGUCUUCGAAAGGGCUAGAAUAGAAAUCACAAGGAUAUAAUUGGGUCGUAUAAUUGGUGCAAUUGAGCUGGAUUUGCAUGUACCGAGUGGGAGAUAUCCUAAUU